AUGGCUGUCAACGAACUCCCAGCUGCUCACCCGGAGCAUCAUCCUCACCCCAUCGCGCGAUCUGAUUCUUCAUCAUCUUCAAGUCCUUCCGAUCACAACGAUAGCGAACCCGUCCUUCACCAACCAGUACCUAUUCGACCUGGUCUUCCUCAGCGAAGAAGCAGUGGCCCACUAGUCGUUCCUCGUGAUAGUUUAGCCGUUGGCCCCAACGAGCCCGACUUUGGUCCAGAUGAUGUUAGGGCAAUGAGCCCAAGGAGAACGAGCGAGGAUCUCGACAGGAUCGGAAAGGCUGCACGGGAAGAGAUGAGAAGACAUGCCAAGGCAUUGCAAGAUUCUCUUAUUACAAUCUUUAACCGCAUCGAGGCUGUUCGCGAAGAACACGACAAGCUUGAUAACAACAACAAGUUCUUGCAAAAGUACAUCGGCGACUUGAUGAGCACUAGCAAGAUCACAGCCACGAGUAGCCAACGCAAGAAAUAA